AUGAGCAGCGCCCCCACCCCGGGCCCCGGGCCCACCUGCCUCACGCUCUGGGAGGAGGAGAACUUCCAGGGCCGCCACUACCAGCUGCUCAGCGACUGUUUCCACGUGUGCGAGCGCGGAGGCCUGCGCAAGGUGCGCUCUGUCAAGGUGGAGACCGGCACCUGGGUCGCCUUCGAGUACCCCAACUUCCAGGGACAGCAGUUCAUUCUGGAGAAGGGAGACUACCCUCGCUGGGAGGCCUGGAGCGGCAGUGGUGGCCACCAUAGUGACCAGCUGCUCUCCUUCCGGCCAGUGCUUUCUGCGAACCACAGUGACAGCCGUGUGACACUGUUUGAGGGUGAAAACUUCCAGGGCUGCAAGUUUGAGCUCAGUGAUGACUACCCCUCCCUACCCUCCAUGGGCUGGACCAGCAAGAACGUGGGUUCUCUCAAAGUCAGCUCCGGCGCGUGGGUGGCCUACCAGUACCCGGGCUACCGAGGCUACCAGUACAUCCUGGAGAGGGACCGUCACAGUGGCGAGUACCGGAGCUACAGUGAAUUCGGCACCCAGGCUCACAGCGGGCAGCUACAAUCCAUCCGGAGGGUCCAGCACUAA